CGGCGGAGGGAGGGGCGUGCUAGCCGUCAGUCCGCGCCGAGCGGCCGAGCGAGCGCCAUGUCCGCGUGUGCGCCGCGCGCCUGCUGCCGGCCGCGCGCCCCGCCGACGCUACUCGAUAUCACAGCGAAAAUAGUCGCCGCCGCGAUCCCGUUCCAACGCAUCGAGGAGCGCUAUGAACGCAUCCCGGAGCCGGUGCAGCGCCGCGUCGUGUAUUGGUCGUUCCCGCGGGAUGAGCGGGACAUCUGCAUGUACUCGUCGCUGGCGCGAGCGCCGCCCGACGACCACCGCAACAUUGCCUUCUGCCGAGGGCUGAAGCUGCUGGAGGCUGGCUGUGUGGAGAACGUGCUACAAGUCGGUUUCCAUUUGAGCGGAGUGGUGCGCGCGCCCGCCGCGGUACCGCCAUGCUCCGAGCCGGAACGGCUAUACAGGGUCACUGUCUCGUUCGACAGAUGCAAGAUAACCGGAGUGACGUGCAGCUGCGAAGCGCGCGACAUCUUCUGGUGUCAGCAUGUGGUGGCGCUGGCGCUCUACCGCAUCAGGAACGCAGAUUCCGUCAGGCUAAGGGUGCCUAUAUCAGAAACCCUACUGCAGAUGGACAGACAGCAGCUGCAGAAGUUCGUGCAGUACUUAAUAGCAGAGCAUCACACGGAGGUCCUGCCGACAGCGCAGCGGUUAGCUGACGAGGUCCUGCAGGCUAGAUCUGCCAUCAACAGGAUCUGUGGAGCACCUGAUCCUACGGCAGGACCGCCGCCUGAUGCACACCAUGCUUGGCACUUGGAUGAGCAGCAAGUCUGCGAACAAGUGCGAGCGUAUUUAUUACAGGGGACUUAUUACAAUGCAAAUAAACAACUUAACUCAUUAUUUUCUAAGGUAAGAGAAAUGCUCCGCGCCCAAGACUCUAACGGUCCUAGGAUGCUGAUGCUUAUGACAGAACAGUUCCUAUCAGACCCUAGGUUACUCCUAUGGAGAAACCAGAACACCCCCAUGACGGAGAAAUGUAGACAGUUAUGGGAACAACUAGGAGCAUUAUGGGUCAGCAUAGUUUUGGACCCCGGCAGUAACAAACACCAUAGGAUACAAUGGAGACAUCUAUUAGAAAAAUGGUCUGCCGUCGAAGUUUGUCCCACUGAAGAUCCAGAUUAUCGGUCUUUUCCUUUGUACGCAAGAGAAAGGGAGAGAAACGAGAGAGAUCGUGACAGAGACCACAGAGAUAGAGACAGAGAGAGGCAUCGCGACAGAGAGGAGAGGGACAGAGAGAGACUGCGCGAAAGAGAGGAGAGAGACAGAGAAAGACAUAGAGAAAGACAGAGAAGAGAAAUGCAUUCCCAUUCAGAAAGUUCAGACGAAGAAUCUAGGCCUAAUAAUUAUGAACGCGAAUACAGGAGAGCAAGCAAGAGACUAAGACUAAACAACCAAAGAUCCGCACCGCAGCUGACGCCACGGACUGUUUUUCAUAAGGCGCUGGAUGCGGUAGACAUAUCCUGGGAGAACGAGCACCUGAAGAACAUCCUCGGUAGCGACGAGUACAUCGACCCUGACAAGCCGGAGAAACCAGGCAGCUCCACAACCACGACGCUGCAACCUUACCCCAAGUUCAAUGAAGAUGGACAGCCUCUGUGGCACGAGCACUUACCAGUGGUAGGCGCCCGUAUCGAAGCACUGCGAGCGCACGGCCGCGCCCCCGCAGCGCUGAGACUGGCCGUCAGCGCCGCCAGAGCCAUGAGACAUCGACAGGAGGUGUCACAACAGCGAUGGCAAGAAGCAGGAGGGGGUGAGGCUUCAUCGUCGGGGGGUUCAGGGGGUGGGAGUGGGCCGGGCAGUGGCAGUGGGGGCGCGUCGUGCGCGGGGUCGGACGCGUGCGCCGGCGCAUGCACCGAGCGCGUGCGGCUGGCGCAGGUCUGUGCACACAUGGACUUCGGCUCCUGUCUGUCCAGUGGCGCCACCUGUGCACUGUCUCAUAGCCAGCGGUGUAUUGGAAGAGACAGCAGAUGUUGGACCGGGUGGACGCUUGAAGCCAUUUGGUGCGUGUACGAGUGCCUAGCGGACGCCUGCUUGGCUCCCGAUGAUCAACGCGCCUCACCUAGACUACACACAGCUUAUCUUGACGAGGAACCCAACACUGGACUACCACCAAGGUAUCAACACGUCCCAGUAGCAGGAAGCAAGAACCCUGAAGAGACUUACCUUGCACUAGCAUUAGAAGCGGCGUUACUAGGCUUGGGAGUACAGAGGAUGUUACCACAGGGGUUGUACGCGCAGGAGAGGCAUUGUAAACAGGAGGAGAGGCUCAUCGCACAGCUGCAGAGAGUGGAAGGGGAAGCGGCCGCAGGAGUCUGCGCAAGAGUGGCGGCUGCAUUACUAGCUGGUGGACCUGCGUCAUGCCUCGGCGCACGAGUACACCCUCGAGCUGCCCCUGCGCAUACAUUCGCGCGAUUCCUCUUCCUAGCUCUCCUCCCUGCUCACCCUGACCUGGCCUACCGUGUAGGACUACGAGCCAUGCGCUUACCCAUGGUGGAAGAAGCCUACGCGUUAGAUGGCAGUAGUGCGGCCGGAGCACCAGGUGGCGCUGCCGGCGCCUGGCAUACCUUGCAGCAUGCUGAGCAACAGCAGGCUGCGCUCGCCAGUGCAUUACUAGGUGCAGCCCGUGGCAACCCGGGCAGGUUACGCGCGGCGCUGGGCGCGGCGCAGCGCCACGUGCGGUCGGCCGCGCAGCUGUUCCGCCUGGCGCAGGACGCGCUGCGACACGCCGCGCCGCCCGCCGCGCCGCACCACCACAGGGACCUGCUCGCUGCCGCAUUCGAACUGGGAUUACAGGUGUUACGGAUGACGCUAUCGUCGGUGAACUGGCGAAGACGAGAAAUGGUUCGGUGGCUCGUUACCUGCGCCACGGAACUCGGGCUAGACGCACUCCUGUCCAUCAUGCAGAACUGGUACGAGUUAUUCACGCCGACGGAAGCAACAGGUCCAGUGGCCGCGGCCGCCAUGUCCCACGCCACUGCACUGAGGCUCGGCCUCAGCUUCGAGCAGCAAGAGAAACUCAGUGCCUGCGCUAGGACAUUAGCGCUACAAUGUGCUGCUAAGGACCCACCAGGUUGUGCUCUAAGCGCGCUAUCAGUGUGCGAGGGCUCGGCGGGUGCGUUCGAAGCCGCGUGCGCAGCGGUGGGCGGGGCGGCCGCGCGGGGCGCGCUCGCCUCCAGCCAACUGUUCGCCGUGGCCCGGUACAUGGAGCAACGCGGCCAGCCUGCCCGGGCCAUGCGGCUAGCUACACUGGCUAUGCGCAACCUCCAUUUACAUUAUAAUCAGGACAGCCACCCUGCGAUCGCGGACAUCCACUGGGCGGUUGCGCUGGCGCACUCCCUGGGCCGCGCCGAGCUACAGGCCAUGUUACCGCUGCUUGUCAAGAACGUGCAGUGCGCGCCUGUACUUUCGGACGUGCUGCGUCGCUGCUGCGUGGCGGCGGCGGGUUGCUCGCGUUCCCGCGGCGCGCCCCCGCGGCCCCCCACCCCGCUGCGGCCGCUGCUGGAGGCGGCGCUGCGGGCGUACGCGUCCACCACGCAUGCGCGCCUCGCUCACAUCUCGCCCAGACAUUACGCCGACUUUGUCGAAUUUCUCGGCAAAGCUCGCGACACAUUUGCGCUAGCACCGGACGGCCCCCAUCAGUUCGCGGCGCUUCUCCAAGAGAUCAAGCUCAAAUACAAAGGAAAGAAGAAACUCAUGUUCCUCGUUAAAGAGAGGUUCGGAUGAACUGACUCCAGUAGUUAAUGUUUGUUACUCGUUCAAUACAAACCCACCGAGUGUGCAACGUUUGCUAGUUACGGCAUUCCAUUGAAAAAGGCAUUUCGUUACGAUGCCGAUGCGAGAAAAUUUAGUUCAAAAUUCCAAGUUUAUUAUAUUUUUGUUGUUUUGUUAAUGAUUUUCUAGACUACUGCUGAAUUUAAAGACCGCAUUUCUAUAACAUUUCCAUUUAUGAUUUUUUAAUAUCAAUUAUCAAUAAUAAAUUAAUAUUGCAACUUUUGGCGCCAUUCGCAAACUGUCAGUGUCAAUGUCACUUACAAAGAACUGUGAUGUGGUAACAUCUAUCUAUGGUUUAGCCAUAUACUUUUGUGCCUCAGAUUUAAAAUUGAAUUAGAAUGCAAAUAUUUUUUUUUAUUCGGUCUUUAAUGAAGUGGAAAUCUUCAAACAAAUCAUUUCUUUAUCCUCAUGGCAUGCUGCAAUAUUGUUGAAUUAGUGCAAUUGUUGUUUUCGUUUGAAAUUUUGUUUUUUUUUUCAUUAUGUUGAGAUGAGAGUCGUGCAAUAAGCUGCCAUGGGAUAAUUUAGUAAACUUAUGUGAAGCAUGAAGACGUCUUUUUGCCUUGCCACAAUGCAUAAUUUUGAUUUUUUUAUAAUUAAAUUCUAAUUUAGAUUAAGAUGUAAAAAACUAAACUUUUGUAAAAUUACAAAUGCCCGUGACUUGUCAAGUACUAGUGUGACAACGCUGCUAACAUAAUGAGGACAUGUGUCGUUUCGUUCCGCGGUAAUUUAAGCUCGAAAUAAUUUUACCGUCACGGUAAAAAUGAUUACCUCAUGCGAGUUACACAUAGUUUCGUGUACCCGCCGUGUACCAAACCAGUCUAUUCUAAAGUAUUAUUUUGUUAAUUUAAUAAUUAUAAAUACGGCUGACCUCGUAAUUUUCAUUUUUUUAUUAUCGUAAGAAAUGAUCUCAAUAAUUCCAUUUGUGUAAAUAGAAACGAGUUUGUAAAUAUAGUACGAAGACAAGUUAGUAUUGGAAAAUAUUAGUUAAUUAUUGUAAUUAGUUAUGUGAUCUGUGCGAGGAUUGCGUGCUGUAUAAAUUGUGUAAAUGUCAGUGUGUUCUGGAGUGAUGAAAUAUCGUUAAUGUAAAGCGAUAUUCGCACAAAUCGCAAGUUGUAAUUAGGUUUAGUCACGCCACUCGUAUAGCGUCCAAUAGCAAUGGGAUAAUUCAUAAAUAUGACACAAACACCAAAGAAUAUCGUAAGUCCAUCGUGAGAUAAGCAACGCCAUCAAUUCUUUCAGUAUUCUUGAGUAUUCUGUAUCUGUAUAGAUUUUUGUUGAUACAUUUUUUAUGUUAUUACCAUGGCAAUGUUUAUGCAAAAAUACUGAGCCGCGAAAGUUCUCUAUGAAUAUUUUAUACAAUAUAUAACCAAGCCGUAUCUUGUCAAUUUUCUAUUAUGUAAACAAAUUUUAUUUCUAGACUUUAAUUCUUCAUGUUUUACUUCUAACUAUAAAUAAUUUGACUACAGCCGUUAUUACGUUUAACUCGGCCUUUUCUUGUCUAGAGUAGAUAAUUAAAUUUUAACAAGAAGUGCAUUUAUAAAGAUAGAAAUGAUUAAUAUUUAAAAUAGAGACGAUGUAUGGAUAGUGUUGAGAGAAUAGUAUGAAUUGAAUAGUAUAUAGACUUAAAUGAAGGACUUUUGUACUUUUUGUGGUGUGUAUGAGGGUUGUGCAAAACUAAUUUUGACAUGUACAAAGAAACAUACAAAAUUAAUAUUGUAUCCGUUCAUUGAAUAAAAAUUUUGCCAACCCUAUAUUGUGUCAAAUAAAAAAACAGGACAUUAGUACUCAUUAUAAUAUUGAUAUAAAUGUAAAUAUAUAAAAUAUGAUUUUUAGUUAGAGCGCUGAUAGUAGACACAUCCAAUAUCUUCCUAAUCAGAGAUUUUUACACGAGAAAAUUAGUAAUAUCUGGUAGAAAAGUGAUCAAUAGUAACAGUAAAAUGUAUGGUAUUUAUUAUACUGCUUUAUACAUGUUACAUAGAACGGCAUAACAUAGUAAUGUACAUAGCGGAAUCAUAUUUAGCUUGAGAUCGUAUAACAUUAAUCAAAAGAAAAGGCAAUAAAAAUGUCAUCUAUAUUUUUAAUUUAAGAUGGACGUGGAUUUCGGUGAUGUGGUUACUUCUCAAGUUGAAUGUGUUCCGUGUCAAACGUUACAAAUAUCAUGUGACAAGUGUAACUGGUAUAAGUGAAGUAAACUAUCUCAGUCUGAACGCAGCAUUGCGUAAGUGGUGUUUAUAAAAUUAUUUUUUGUAUGAAAAGAGAAAUUAAUUUUCAUAAUAAUGCAAAUAAAUUAAUGUUGAGCAAUAAUUUCGAAGCCUUCGGCCGGUCUGACGUGAUUCUGUAUGUACAACUUUAUUGGUUGUCGGGAACAUGUGUUUGUGUAGCUUUUUAGUCUGUGUGCGUGGUGCAUUUGAUUAUGGAGUCAGAAACUAUGAAUCUAAGUGCAAUAGAAAUAUUUUUAUUUGUCAUUAUAUCUUUACUCCAAUUGUUUGUUACAUUUAACUGUAAAACAUUUCUGUAAUUAUGUAAAUGCAUUUGUUUUGUUUACUUAUCAAUAAUUUUUACUGAUUUUCCUUGACACGACUUGCCAACUUAUAAAACUCCAUGCAAAUAUUUGACCUCAAGUGCCUUCAGGCGAGUCCAAAUAAGCCAGACCGGCUCCUACUUGAUUAUGUUGUAUUUUUGUUUAAUACUGUCAGUGGUUAUAUUGUAAUUGUGUUGUACGUCAAACGUGGACACCCUUCAGUGCUGGUAUUAUGAAGGUGAUAAUUUCAAUAUAAAUAAUUGAAAAACUA